AUGGCCAGCGGUAGGCCUCCCGGGUCGCAUCCUGCUGGCCACGACGAUGAUCUGCUGCUCGACUCUGGUCCAACCUACAACUCCGGCCAGCCCCCACCCGUGAAUGACGACCACCUGUUGCGGCAAUACAACAUUGACGAUUCCGACGAACUCCAUGCGCAGCCGCGCCCUUCCGUAUCCUACGGCCAGUUUGUCGGCAGUCCGGCGCAGCGAGCUGGAACUCAGCAGCAUGCAGCUUCGGGCCCCGCGCACGGCAACACCGGCGUCUACAUUCACGACCCUUACAACGAUGCUUCGAUGAACCGGACCUAUUCUCAAUCAUCCGGCCUCGCCAACUACCAGCGCUAUUCCUUUGACGAGUUUGAAGACGGACGCUCCGGAUAUUAUGACCUCGAUGCAGACGAAGAUCGAAUGCCGAGCGCGCAUCAUGUGCGGAAGGCGAACGAGCGGAAUAGCAUUCUGGGAUUGGGAGGCGGUUUGAUGGGCAAGGCCAAAUACAUGUUUGGCAUGGGCCCGCAGUAUUCGGAGAUGGACCUGCCGUUGACCGAGGCUGGUGCCAGGAGAGCGACUGUGGACAGCACCGCUGACCCCGCGGCCGCCCCCAAGGCCAAGAAGAAGUUCAAGGCGUCCGACAUCACGUCCAUUUUCGGACGACGCAAGGCUGACCCCUCGACGAUGGGCCCGCGUCUCAUCCAAGUCAACAAUCCGCCGGCCAAUGCUGUUCACAAGUUCGUCAGCAACCACGUCUCGACUGCGAAAUACAAUAUCAUCACGUUCCUCCCGAAAUUCCUCUUCGAACAAUUCUCCAAAUACGCCAACCUGUUCUUCUUGUUCACCGCCGUUCUCCAACAAAUCCCCAACGUUUCCCCUACAAAUCAAUUUACCACUGUUGUUCCGCUGGCCAUUGUGUUGUUGGUCUCGGCGAUCAAGGAGUUGGUGGAGGACUACAAGCGUCGCAUGUCGGAUCGCGGUCUCAAUUACUCCAAAACCCAGGUUCUCCAAGGUUCUUCUUUUCACGAGACGAAAUGGGUCGACGUCAAGGUUGGAGAUGUGGUUCGCGUCGAGUCGGAACAGCCGUUCCCCGCAGAUUUGGUUCUUCUGGCAACAUCCGAGCCCGAGGGCCUUUGUUACAUCGAAACUGCGAAUUUGGAUGGUGAGACCAAUCUGAAGAUCAAGCAAGCUAUUCCGGAGACGGCGCAUCUUGUGAGCCCCAGUGAUCUGAGUCGCGUCGGUGGGCGAAUUCGGUCCGAGCAGCCCAAUAGUAGUCUCUACACCUACGAGGCUACCUUGACUAUGAACGCCGGAGGCGGCGAGAAGGAACUGCCCCUGGCACCGGAUCAGCUUCUACUUCGAGGCGCUACUCUUCGAAACACCCCAUGGAUUCACGGCAUUGUCGUCUUCACCGGCCACGAAACCAAGUUGAUGCGAAAUGCGACAGCCACCCCAAUAAAGCGAACCGCAGUGGAACGGAUGGUGAAUAUUCAGAUUCUUAUGCUCGUCAGCAUUCUGAUCGCCCUCAGUGUUAUCAGUUCCGUUGGCGAUCUUGUUAUUCGCCAAACUCGUUCCGACCAGCUCGCAUAUCUCGAUUAUGGAUCUACUCAUGCAGUGAAACAGUUCUUCAUGGACAUCUUCACCUACUGGGUGUUGUAUUCGAACUUGGUCCCUAUCUCGCUGUUCGUCACCAUCGAAAUCGUCAAGUACUUCCAGGCCUACCUGAUCAACUCCGAUCUGGAUAUCUACUACGACAAGACCGACACUCCUGCCACAUGCCGAACUUCUUCACUGGUUGAAGAACUUGGUCAAAUUGAGUACAUUUUCUCCGACAAGACAGGUACAUUGACUUGCAACAUGAUGGAGUUUAAGCAGUGUACCAUCGGCGGUAUCCAAUAUGGAGACGACGUUUCCGAAGACCGACGAGCGACUGGUGAAGACGAGGGCGAAUAUGGUAUCUACGAUUUCAAGACUCUCCGUCAGAACAUGCAGUCGCAUCCCAGCCAAGGCGCAAUCCAGCAGUUCCUCACUCUCCUCGCAACCUGCCACACGGUAAUUCCUGAACGCACCGGAAACAAUCCCGAUGAAAUCAAGUACCAGGCAGCUUCACCCGAUGAGGGAGCGUUGGUGGAUGGUGCUGCAUCUCUUGGGUACCGAUUCACUAACCGCAAGCCCAGAUCGGUUAUUUUCGAAGCUGGCGGCCAGGAAUAUGAGUACGAACUAUUGGCCGUGUGUGAAUUCAACUCCACUCGGAAGCGUAUGUCGACCAUCUUCAGAUGCCCUGACGGCAAGGUUCGUAUCUACACCAAGGGCGCCGAUACCGUUAUUCUGGAGCGUCUGAACCCUGACAACCCGACGGUGGAGGCCACUCUGCAGCAUCUUGAAGAGUAUGCCUCGGAGGGUCUUCGAACACUCUGCUUGGCCAUGCGUGAGGUUCCAGAGGAAGAGUUCCAGCAGUGGUAUCAAAUAUUCGACAAAGCUGCCACAACCGUCAGCGGCAACCGUGCCGAGGAACUGGACAAGGCUGCUGAGCUGAUUGAGAAGGACUUCUAUCUCUUGGGUGCUACGGCUAUUGAAGAUCGACUGCAGGACGGUGUUCCCGAUACCAUCCACACGCUCCAAACUGCUGGUAUCAAGAUCUGGGUUCUGACUGGUGACCGACAAGAAACUGCCAUCAACAUUGGCAUGUCGUGCAAGCUUAUCUCCGAAGACAUGACUCUUCUCAUUGUCAAUGAGGAAUCGGCAGAGGCCACACGCGACAAUUUGCAGAAGAAGCUCGAGGCUGUCAAGAGCCAAGCAAGUGCCGGUGACAUCGAAGCCCUUGCUCUGGUCAUUGAUGGAAAGUCUUUGACCUAUGCCUUGGAGAAAGACAUGGAGAAACUUUUCCUCGAUCUUGCCAUCAUGUGCAAGGCCGUGGUUUGCUGUCGUGUUUCUCCUCUCCAGAAAGCUCUAGUUGUUAAGCUUGUCAAGCGCCACUUGAAGUCCUUGCUCCUGGCGAUCGGCGACGGAGCGAACGAUGUGUCUAUGAUCCAAGCCGCUCACGUCGGCGUGGGUAUUAGUGGUGUGGAAGGUCUUCAAGCUGCUCGAUCCGCCGAUGUGGCCAUUGGACAAUUCCGUUUCUUGCGUAAGCUCCUUCUGGUGCAUGGUGCCUGGAGUUAUUCCCGCAUUAGCCGUGUCAUUCUGUACUCGUUCUAUAAGAACAUUACGCUGUACAUGACUCAAUUUUGGUAUUCCUUUCAAAACGCCUUCUCCGGAGAAGUCAUCUACGAAUCCUGGACUCUGUCUUUCUACAACGUGCUCUUCACCGUCUUGCCUCCAUUCGCCAUGGGAAUUUUUGAUCAGUACAUCUCCGCCCGGCUCCUCGACCGCUAUCCCCAACUGUACCAGCUGGGCCAGAAAGGUCUCUUCUUCCGGAAGCACAGUUUCUGGGCCUGGAUUCUGAACGGAUUUUUCCAUUCUCUGCUUCUCUACAUCGUCUCCGAGCUUAUCUUCUUCUGGGACAUGCCUAUGGCAGACGGCAAGGUUGCUGGUCACUGGGUGUGGGGUGAGGCGCUGUACACUGCCGUUCUCGCCACCGUUCUCGGCAAGGCUGCUCUGAUCUCUAACAUCUGGACCAAAUACACCUUCAUCGCCAUCCCUGGAUCAAUGUUCCUCUGGCUGGUCUUCCUUCCGGCUUACGGUUACGCCGCUCCCGCCAUCGGAUUCUCGCGAGAAUACUAUGGCACCAUUCCAGUCCUCUUCAAACUCCCUCAAUUCUACCUCAUGGCAAUUGUUCUCCCGUGCAUCUGCCUCAUGCGUGACUAUGCCUGGAAGUACGCCAAGCGCAUGUACUACCCCCAGCAUUACCACCACGUCCAGGAGAUCCAGAAGUACAACGUGCAGGACUAUCGUCCGCGCAUGGAACAGUUCCAGAAGGCCAUCCGGAAGGUCCGUCAAGUGCAGCGUAUGCGCAAGCAGCGCGGCUACGCCUUCUCGCAAGCGGACGAUGGUGCGCAAAUGCGUGUUUUGAACGCCUACGACACGACUAAGGGUCGUGGUCGGUAUGGUGAAAUGGCGAGCUCUCGGCCGCCGGGCUUUUGA